AAUGACCAAUACAAUUAAAGUUGUAUUAUUGAGUGUGUGGUUAAACUGGUGUUACUGACUCUUAUUCUUGUCCUUGUUGCAGUGUCCCCUCUAACACCCAAGUCAUUAUGGCAGAUCUCAUUAAUGUCCACGUCCUCCUUGCCACCUACAUCCUAACGUUUCUGAUUGGCCUGCCCGCCAACAUCCUGGCAUUUUACGCGUUCAGCCAGAAGGCCCGCGACAACCCCACGCCCACGGACAUCCUACUGCUCAACCUGACCUCGUCUGACCUCCUCUUCCUCCUCUUCCUGCCGCUGAAGAUGUAAUGCGGGUCAGGGCCCCUAGCUGGUACCUGCCGCGGUUCCUCUGCUUCGCUCAUGUCCUUCAUGUUUUUCACCACCAUCUACACCAGCUCGCUCCUGCUGACCGCGGUCAGCGUGGACCGCUUCCUGGCCGUGGCCUUCCCCAUCCGCUACCGGCAGCUGCACAAGCCUCGCUACGCCAUCUGCACGGCCGCGCUGGCCUGGCUGGUCUCCUCGGCGCACUGCAGCAUCGUCUUCGUGACCGAGCACCUGCUCGAGGCGGCCGGCAACAGCAGCCGCCCGCGUGACAAGUGUUACGAGGACUUCAGUGGCGAGCAGCUGCGCGUGCUGGUCCCCGUGCGGCUGGUGUUCUUCGUGGUGCUGUUCGUGCUGCCGCUGCUCAUCUGCGUCUUCUGCUACGCCACCUGCAUCCGCAUCCUCUACAGCAAGCCGUGCAUCCCGCCAGAGCGCAAGCGCAAGGCCAUCGGCAUGGCCGUGGGCACGCUGACCGUCUUCUUGGUCUGCUUCCUGCCCUACAACUCGGCGCAUCUGGUGGGCUUCCUGACCGGCAGUAGCCCUGAGUGGCGCUACUACACGCUGCUGCUCAGCACCUUCAACACCUGCCUGGACCCCAUCAUCUUCUACUUCUCCUCUAGUGCCUUCCGCACCACCACCAAGGUGUCCAUCGUCAAGAUGCUGAUGCUAAAUCGGACAAAUACUAUACAGAAGGACAAUCAGGCAUCCAGGCAGACCCUCAGCACCUGACCCGCUCACUCCUGUGUCCCUUUAAGUAUUUAUCAAAAUAAAGUGAGGCCCUGUCCACAUUAAGCCGGGUCAAUAUGAAUGCACGCUAUUAUCACACUAUCCACACUAAAAACGGCAUAUUCCCAGACCCCAAACCAAACUUUUUGAAAACUCUCUCUGAGGUGCACAAAUAAGAAUGACAUACUUGUCAUGAUAUUGAAACAAAUGUGGUGUUCCAGACCCCACCAACAACAAAAACAAUACAAAAACAAUAAUGU